CAUCAAGUUAGUUGUCUUCCGUGUGGACAUGUAUAUGGUUUAGCUUGCAUAAAGAGAUGGAUUCAACAAUGUAGGAGAGGUCCUUUAAAGUGUCCUCAAUGUGGUAGCAAGUGCACGGUGAAGAAUAUAAUAAAGCUUUAUGUUUCACGAUUGGUUGUUACUGAUGGAGCGCAAGAACAGAUAGCUGAAUUGAAGAGAAAAUAAAGCAAGACAAGGAAGCAUGGAACAAAGAGAGAGUGAAGCGGCAACGCGUGGAAAAUAUAUCACUAGGAGAUGCGGGUAUUAGAUCAGUGAGGUGCAAUUCGGAGCAGCUGUUAAAUGGACGCAAUCUUGGGUUAAUUCCUGCUACCGGACAAGGUUAUCCCCCUUGCAGAUUUAAAUUAAUGGAUGAGUUAGCAGUAGAUGGUGGAAAGGUAUUCGAUAUGGAUUUCUCUCAUGAUAUCCUACUUCUAGCGCAGAGACAACAUGCAAUGGAUGUAGAGCAUGUGCUUACCAAGAUUAGCUUGUUGCAUCCUUACGAAAGUGAGAGGAUAAAACUUCCUCCUGGCUCAAAAGUUGUUAAGGACUUGCAUAUUUCCCCUUCGGGUAAACUUGCACUAUGUGCUUCAUUGGGGAAGAAAGCAUCUAUUCUCAGCAUGGAAAGGAACAAUUUUGUUAUCAACUAUGAAUUGCCAGCUCCCGCUUGGUCUUGUUCAUGGGAUCUUGACAGUGAACACCACAUGUACACUGGACUGCAGAAUGGAAUGUUAUUGUUGUUUGAUAUGCGCCAAACAUCGGGACCUGUGGAGUCCAUGAACGGUCUCACCUCUCACCCUAUUCAUACGGUACAUUCUUUUACAGACAACUCCCCUCUUCAUAAUGGUGGCAGAUCAGUCCUAACUGCUUCUUCCAUUGGCCCUUGUGUGUGGAAAACUGGUAUUCCUGGAGAAAGGCCAAUCGUGGUUCCUGGAUUGGAAAAUCAAGGAGUAUGUAUAUCGCUUGCUUACAGUCCCGUUACUGAUGAUAUUGUGGCCUCAUUUCGUCCUAGAGUUCACACAGCAAAUGACGUGGUUGCUACUCAGCCUUCAUUAUCACCUUCAGCUCCUGGCCGUGGACAAGGAGUAACUGGUUCUCAUGUUCUUAUCAAAAGAGUAGGUGGCAACAGUUAUCACCACAUAGGGUCUACGUUGACCUGUGUAAAUAGUGUUCGACUGCCAAAAUUGGUUAUUUUGAAUUUAGAGAAUCGCAACCCAUUUUUUGCAUAUGGAGACGAAUCAACUUGUGGAUUAAGCUUGCGGGAGUUGCCAUCCUUGUAUACUUCCCAGAGUCUUAAACGAAAUCAGAAUGCUAUUCUUGAUGUAAAGCACUCGGGUACUUCAGAGAGAGGAUUACUUGGUUGUGUAAGUGAAGACAGGCUGCAACUCUUUUAUUUGCCUCGAGUCCCUGACAUGUAAAGGUAACUCGCUAACUUCGGUUAAGAAUAUUCUUAAAAGGUUCUGAUUUGGUGGAAGAUAAUUGCUUCUUGAUAAUAUGGGAGCAGUCCCCUUUAAGUUUAUUCGAAUAUUAACUUGAUUAGAUUCAUAGUUUGUAAAUUAAUAUAUGUCAGAGAUUUAUUGUGCUUAGACGAAUAAAAGCUGGAUGGAAUUUCCUUCCGACCAUUUUUGUUCUUUGGCAUUUCUAUGGCUAUGCGGUCAUUCGAUUUUAUACAAGGUGGUCUUUUAUGCUGCAA